CAUGGCGUCGGAGAACAAAUUCAGGAAUUAGAAAUUCUUCUAUAAUUUAAAUAGUUUUUCAUCCAUUUUUAAUUAAGGAAAUCUUGUUAAAAUAUUAUAGAAAUUUAAUUGAAUACACUAGAAAUUGUUUUUUAAAAAAAUUUUCAAAUCAUAUGCAAGAUUUAAAUGGGAGAUUUAUGACCGAAAAAUCAUUCAACAGAAAAAUUUCUUGGGAGACCUAUAGGAAAUAUAAUUUUUUUUUUUCAAGAGAAAAUUUUCAUAAAAAAUUGUAUAUUUGAAGAAAAUUUUAGAUUUUAAUUAAAAAUUGACGGGAAUUUUAUAAUAAUCUUAAAAUUUCUGUAUAAUAAUAAUUGCAUUGAUGGUAAUGCAUGCUAGAAAACCGCAACGUAUGAGCGAUGGGUUUUUUGAAAAGCAUCAGACCCAUCCUUAUCAGAGUUCAAAAUAUUCAAAACGUGACUAUGAACGUGAGACAUCAAGAUCAUCUAACUAUCGCGACAGAGGUGAUUCUCCUUCAUCUUCUGGUGGAUUAGGAGGAAGUGGCAAUGGUGGUAGUGCAUCUAUGAAUAAUGGUUCAUAUCGCUCACAAUCUAGAGAAUUAGACUCUCCACCACGACACGAUUUUCGGGAUAGAGAACGUGGUGACCGACCUAGUUAUAUACAAAAAAUGCGUGACCGUGACAGAGACAUUUACAAAAAGGAUAAAUAUUCGGAUAAAAGAGAUCGACGGGGAAGUGACAGGGAGUCAGAACAUCGAACGAAUCAUGAUAGAUUAGAUAGACGGUCAAAAUUAUGUUUAAUUGACAAACGUUCUGGUUCGGAUGACCGAGAUCGUGAUCGAGAUCGAGAGCGGGAUAGAGAUAUAAGAGAAAGUAAAAGAGAUAGAGGAGGGAAUGAACGUGAUCGAAAUGAUCGUGAUCGAGGAGAUCGUGAUAGAGAUCGGGAUCGUGAAAGAAGCGAUAGAGACCGGGAAAGAGAUAGAGAUCGAAAUGAUAGGGGUACUGACAGAAUAACUAGAAUCGGCGACUGGAGUGAACACGUUAGUUCUUCAGGUAAAAUGUAUUAUUAUAAUUGCAAAACUGAAGUAUCACAAUGGGAAAAACCAAAGGAGUGGUUAGAAAAAGAAAGGUCGUUGAUAAAAGACCAGCACAGAGAGCGAGAAUAUAGAGAAAAGGAACGGGAAAGAGAUAGAGAAGAUCGUUUUUCAAGGUCAUCUGCAGCCUAUAUAAAACAUUCCAGUUCCCGAGAUAAUUCGAGACAAAGGUGGCAAUAUGAAAACGAAGUUUCCCAUAGAAGACGUCACGAAGAAAAUCCCGAUAUGGACAUAAGUCCCGGAGAUUCAACGCCAACUUCAGAAGCUAGUUACUCGUUAACGGGAACGCCAACAACUCAUUUAAACGAAAUAGCUGUAACAAAUAUCAGUUCAGCCAAUUCUGUACAACAACCAGUUUUGUUAGCUAACGCUCUUCCAAGGGUAGCUUCACAUCCUCCUGUAGCGUCAAAUUCUCAAAUGCAUUUUGCUACAAGCCAGGCGGCUGUUGUAGUGGGUAGCAAUACUAGUAGUAGUGGUAGUAGCAGCAACAGUUCCAUUUGCGGUACGACGAAUAGUAGCUCCCAUCGUAGUAAAUUAGAUUCAGUUAUGCAACAGUCUAACAUUGUAUCAAUAUCAUCGCCCACCCAUGUUGUUGCAAAUGCGACUAGUAAUCAUUUAAUUCAUCAUCAGCAGCAUCAACAACAACAGCAUCAACAUCAGCAACAGCAGUUACAACAACAACAGCAACAGCAGCCUCCACAACAUCAACAUCAUCACCAUCAUCAUCAUCAGCACCAGCAGCAGCAACAACAGCAACAACAACAACAGCAACAGUUGCAACUACAACAGCAGCAACAGUUAUUGCAGCAGCAACAACAGCAAAUACAACCGCAGCAGCAACAGCAUUUGCACCAUACACAAAUACCGCAACAAUCUUCAUUAAUUGUAGCGAAUUCUGGCGAAGAUCAUCAUUUAAAUUCGAAUGCACCUGGGCCGCCCCAAACAAAGUUGGUUACUCCCGCUACAGCAAUCGUUAACAGUAAUAUUAAAUCUUUGGAGCAAGUCGAUUUAAAUCCACAGAAAGUUUUAUUGCGACAAGCCCAACCACCGCAAUCGCACCAUGGUGUUUUGAGCUCAAUGCAAGUUCCUUGCCAUGAAACCCAAGUUUUGAGUUCGCCGGAUCCAAAUAAUGUGUCCAAUAAUGUGAAUUUGAGGGAAAACUCUUUAAAUUCACCUCUUUAUAAUUUAACACAUGGUAUGGCAUCUGUUAAUCAUAAUAAAAGUCAACUAAAUGUUGUUAUUAGUACAUGUAAUACACAAAUGUUAUCCGUUAGCACUGCCAGUACCCCUGGCCAAUAUACAUGCAAUUCAACGUAUGGGGUUAAGACUGUUGACGCGGUCAAUCCUAGUGCAAAUGUCUCUGGGGCAGUAGUUGGUAUGCCUGGUUCUUCAUUAGGAUCAAUAUCUAGUUUAUCGAAUGUUUCUAUUGAAAUAAAUACAACUACAACAGCGGUAGCAGGUGGCGGCGGACCUCCGACACCUACACAAGAAUUAGAUAUUAGUUCUAGUAGUACAGAGCAAAGAAAAAUGGAACCGACUUCUGCGUCUUUAAGCAGCCUGCAAAGCUGUGUAACAUCUUGUGUUUCAUCAGCAGCAGGUCGUUCUCAAGGACCUGAAAUAUCACCAAAAUUAGCAAAGUAUUUUAGACCUGAUCUUAUUACACAUGUAACAAAUUGGCCAGCUGAAAUUUUAGAAAAACAAGCACAAGAAUGUUCAAAAGAAACACAUUUGUACGGGGAUAUACAGUGCACUAAAGUAUCAGCUGAAUUAAAAUGUGCUAGAAGCUUAGUUAGAGUUACUGAAAUCCAAGCAACACUUCAAGAACAAAAAAUUAUGUAUCUACGUCAGCAACUACGAAGAUUAGAGGAAAUAAAAUCACAAAAUUCGUUUAUGUCAGAUGAUCUUUAGCCAAUAUAUUAAAUUUUAUGGAAUUUAAAUUAAUAUUAAUUAAAAUACAAAGCAAAAUAAUAUAAAUAUAUAUAAUAAUAAAAAAUAAAUUAUCAAAAAUUAAAAAAAAAAAACAUUAAAAAAAUUAAGGAAGAAAAAUAUAUUGAAAUUUGAAAAAUACACAUAAACACACAUACACACACAAAACACAUAAAUUAAAUAUAAUAAUUAUUAAAUUUAAAAGUAAUGAAAAAAAUUAUUAAAGUAAAAAAAAAUAUGAAACAAUAUUAUUAAUUAUUAUUAUUAAUUAAUUAAUUAAUUAAUUAUAAAA